UCAGGUGACGCGGCCGGCGUCCCAAGAUGGCGGCGGCGGCGGCGCCCGGAAGGCCGCGGCGGCGUCCCGGCUGCUAAGGCGGGCCCCACGCGGCUGGCAGCGGACAGGCCGGACCUACGGCCGGAGGACGGGCGGCAGCCGCCUCUGCGCGGACCGGGGCUGGGCCGUGCGGCGGCAGCGGCGCCAGGGGAUGCUCUUGCUGGGCCUGGCCUCUCCCUUCUCAACUUAGGGCGGCGGCGGGCCCGCGCCCCUGGCUCCCGGGCCAUGGCGCUGAGGGAGCUCAAAGUGUGUCUGCUCGGGGAUACAGGUGUAGGUAAAUCGAGUAUUGUGUGGCGGUUUGUGGAAGACAGUUUUGAUCCAAACAUCAACCCAACAAUAGGGGCAUCUUUUAUGACCAAGACUGUCCAGUACCAAAAUGAGCUACAUAAAUUCCUAAUCUGGGAUACAGCUGGACAAGAACGAUUCCGUGCCUUAGCACCAAUGUACUAUCGAGGGUCGGCUGCAGCUAUAAUCGUUUAUGAUAUCACAAAAGAAGAGACAUUUUCAACAUUAAAGAAUUGGGUGAAAGAGCUUCGACAGCAUGGCCCACCUAAUAUUGUAGUUGCCAUUGCAGGAAAUAAAUGUGAUCUUAUCGAUGUAAGAGAAGUCAUGGAGAGAGAUGCAAAGGACUACGCCGACUCUAUUCAUGCAAUUUUUGUAGAGACCAGCGCAAAAAACGCGAUAAACAUAAAUGAACUCUUUAUAGAAAUUAGUCGAAGAAUUCCAUCCACUGACGCCAACCCGCCAUCUGGCGGUAAGGGCUUCAAACUCCGAAGACAGCCUUCAGAGCCAAAGCGGAGCUGCUGCUGACCGAACCUCAGCCUCUCAGACUUGAUGAUGAAGUAGGUGGUCCUGAAAGUUAACAGGAGGGCUGGGGUCCCUGCCACCAGUUUUCACCUAGCCAGUCUUGAGACUUCUCCGUGCAAAAAGGAUUCACAGAAAUUGACCAGUUCUGUUCUCCAAAGACUGCAGCAAUGAUAUUUCAGUCUGUGAACUUCUAUUAUGUAAAGAAUCUCUAGUGUACAAAGGGACUACAUCGUUGGCUUUUGACCUUGCUGAAAAGGAACAUAUAAUUGUAUGGAUGGUAGGAUUAAGUUGUUGAGUAGUUUUGUAAUCAAGAUUUUAUGUAACAUUUGUAAAGGGAAAAUUAGCACUUUUGUGGUUCUUAAGGGAAAAGAAAAAGACCUUGUGGAGAUUAUAAUUUCCUUGGUUUCUGUUACCACUGUUAGAGGGAGUUGUAUCAUUUAACAUAUAGUAGGAUAGUUUAAGUGUAGGGAGGACAAUUAUUAUCUGAAGCUAAAAUGGGUUAUUUAUAGGACUGAUGGAAAUGAUUUCAUCUCUGCCAUCUCUAAAGCACUUUUCAUUGAACAUGUUAGUCUAGGAUACCUACAGUAAAUUAACAAUGAUAGCAGCAGAUGCCUAGCUCAUCCUGGGUUUGCUUCUGACCUUGUCAUGUGUGUGCCACCAAACACGUUAUCGGCAGCUUGUUAAAUAAGCUCUCAUGAUCAAGAUGGUGAUGGUAGAGAAGCUGCCCGGAAUAAACUGAAUUUCAUAUGUUCUAAACUGACUGGCGAUGGUUUAAAAAGGAAGAAGAGUGGAAGUGAAGAAGGUGGUGUAAAUGCUGUCAAUUUUUUUUAACCCAAGUAUUUUGGUGGGGAAAAGCAAGUAUCUAUUGCUUAGCAUAUGUAAAGUUGUAGUCUAUAUUUAUGGGGCCAUUGCUUAAAGAUUAUAAAUUAUGUAAAUACAUUAAUAAAUUCUAAGUUUCAUUUGACAUUC